GAAGCGUUACUAGCGGCUGCAUGCAGAUCUCGCGAUAGUAAACCCGAGUCUCGCGACUUUUUUCUUGUUUUCUUGGCGACGGAGAACGGGCUAGUUUCUCCAAGUUAGAGCCCUCAGGUGGUCUGGCCAGACACUGGAGUGGGACCCCCUCUGCCGGGGUUCUUUCCAUUUAGCGGAGACGGAUUCAGAGGAGCUCCAGACCAAGAUUGUUGAAAACCAGACGUAUGAUGAGCGGCUAGAGAUUAAUGACUCUGAGGAGGUGACGACUAUUUGUACUCCAACCCCAGGACGCCAAGGACUUCUUCAUUCUGCCCGUCUUCCCACCAAGACUAUGGCUGAUAACUGCAGUGAUGAAUUUGAAGAGGAAAAUAACAAGGAAAAGAAGAAGACCUCACAGCUGACACCUCAGCGGGGCUUUAGUGAAAAUGACGAUGACGACGAUGACGACGACUCCUCUGAAACUGACUCUGAGGAAGACGAUGAUGAUGAAGAGCAUGGAGCCCCUCUGGAAGGGGCCUAUGACCCUGCAGAUUAUGAGCAUUUGCCAGUUUCUGCUGAGAUUAAGGAACUCUUCCAGUACAUCAGUAGGUACACCCCCCAGUUGAUUGACCUGGACCACAAGCUGAAACCAUUCAUUCCCGAUUUUAUCCCAGCUGUUGGGGAUAUUGAUGCAUUCUUAAAGGUCCCACGUCCUGACGGGAAGCCUGACAACCUUGGCCUGUUGGUACUGGAUGAACCUUCUACCAAGCAGUCAGACCCCACAGUGCUCUCUCUCUGGUUGACAGAGAAUUCCAAGCAGCACAACAUCACACAACAUAUGAAAGUAAAGAGCCUGGAAGACGCAGAAAAGAAUCCCAAAGCCAUCGACACGUGGAUUGAGAGCAUCUCUGAGUUACACCGCUCCAAGCCCCCUGCGACUGUGCACUACACCAGACCCAUGCCUGAUAUUGACACACUGAUGCAGGAAUGGUCCCCAGAGUUUGAAGACCUUUUGGGCAAGGUGAGCCUGCCUACCGCGGAGAUGGACUGCAGCCUGGCCGAGUACAUCGAUGUGAUCUGUGCCAUCCUGGACAUUCCUGUCUACAAGAGUCGCGUUCAGUCCCUCCACCUGCUGUUUUCCCUCUACUCAGAGUUCAAGAACUCACAGCAUUUUAAAGCUCUGGCUGAAGGCAAGAAAGUGUUCACCCCUCCAUCCAACUCCACCUCCCAAGCCGGAGAUGCAGAGACGCUGACCCUCAGCUGAGACCCCGAAGGCCAUGUGGAGUCUGAGGGGACUGGUCCUUGUCACCGCCCCAGUGCCUGCCUGCUUUGCAGCCAUGCUGGCCUGCACUGCACUGUAUCCUCCCUCCAGAGAACACUGCACAUGUCUGCCGACAGGCUCGGCCUGCCCGGUGGCUUUAACAGGAGGGCUACACACCCACAGCACUGUGGGGUUUGUCUUGGAGGAUGAAGAUCGGGUGGAACACUUACAAGAUGUUCUUCUGGGGACAGGGAUGGCAUUACUCUCUUUCAUUCAGGAAGGGUCUCACUGUGUAGCUCAGGCUCACUGUGAACUGGCUAUCCCUGUCUCAGCGCAGCUGUUCUUUCCUUCCUUACGUUAGUCGGCAGUGAUUUUACAUUAAAACGCUGUGUCAGUUUGUGA